AUGGCGGAGGGCGGAGUUCUCCUUGUUCAGCCUGAGCACCUCUUAUCCCUGAAGCUAAUGUGCCUAGAAUGCUUCAUCACGGGGAGAGAGGCGGUUGGCGUAUGUCUUCUUAGGAUCCUGGACUUCUUCCGGACCUCCUCGCGAGACCUGGUAGAUGAAAGCGACGAAAACUUCAGUGUGAAGUUCGAGCUGAUCUACACAAUGGGGACCCAGCGUCCUCUGGAGCUCAGUCCACAGCGGUGGAAUUUGAUUCAAGAGAUGCUCGGCCUGGUGAGGAAAUAUGCUCCGGUCAUCAAAACACAGCUCCCGCGGUCAAUUGAGGUGGAGGAGCCACAUCCAGGGGGCUUCCCCAGAAUAAGGUUGCUCCGAGCAGAUGCCGCGCACCAGCUGUUUGAACGCAUCGCGGACCAUAUCUCCCACUACGGCAUUGACAACCUGCCCAUUUCCAGGCAGCCAGAAGCAGAACGAGGCGCAGCGAUUGCUUAUUGCCUUGAGUCUGACCAGUCAGAACAGAAGAUUGCGCUAGUCGAAAAUCCAGAUGCGUCUGGCCUGUGGGCCGACAGCACGAAGGAUCCUCUCCUACUACUUCGAGGUCUGCUAGCUGGUAACGUCUUGGGAUUCUGCCUGGGACAAAGACGGUGGAGAGUCAACUACGGACUUGAUCGUUCCCGACAACCCCCGACGAGGCUGGCGGUUCCGUUUCGUGCCAAGGAUAACCCUGCACCACGGGCGGAAUUCAGUCACCCUGAUGUUGUCAUUGUGCUCACGUGCCUGAGUUAUUACUAUCAAGGACUCGGCGACGACGAUCUAUUUCAGGCAUUCGACCAUUUGGUCGGAUCGGACCAGGCUGACGUGGAGUAUCAGAUAUGGGUCGAUGAUGCCCCGAAUCUUCCCUCCGCCUAUUGUCAAUUGAUGGGCGUUAAUCUCCAGGAUCGGCUCCUUUGCGUGGAAUGCAUUUUCCCAUGUCUUCGCUUUGCGAAAGGCGUCAUCGAUUACUUCCUUGCUCAUGUUAUUUUCGCCAAAGGUCUGCGGGAGUUUCCGAGUAAACUAUCUUCAUCCGGAUGGGAUAUCGGUGAGGUCAAGUGCCAUCCCACCGUCGGCUUCAGCGGGACCAACGAUUCCCGGGUCACCCUUCCCCUCAGUGUGGAGCAGCUGGAUCUUCCCGAUCAGAAUCACACCAAUGCGUUAGUUCUCGAAUAUCUCCUUCGACCAGAGACCGGCCUUGCCCUAAUCCCGGCGCGAGAUGACCUGUCCCAGUCAGAUGCGCAGGUCCUUCUGGAUAUGGUGGCGGGACUGGACCCAGCCGUACGGGUGAUCCUGGACGUUGGAGCUCGGAUAUUGGAGCUGAGUAACUUGGAGGUUGCCAAGACCUGGUUGGAGAUGAUCGGUGAUGAUAGCAGAACGCAGGCCGUGGUCUUUAUCAACGAUGACGAUGAGAUUACCGUGGUGAACCGGACUGGACUCGUCGAACCGCUGCGGACGUCACCUUUCGAAAGGCACCUCGACCAAUGCCUUGUAUUCCUUGACGAAGCACACACGAGGGGGAUUGAUCUGAUGCUACCCCUGGAAACCCGGGCGGCGGUGACGCUGGGACCGAGUAUCACCAAAGACAAGCUGGUUCAAGCAUGUAUGAGGAUGAGAAAAUUAGGGCAAGGCCAAUCGGUGGUGUUUUGCAUUCCGGAAGAGAUCAAGUUCAAAAUUCUGACUCUCUGUGGGAGGUCCCACGAAUCUGAUCUUACUGUAGCAGACGUGCUCCGCUGGGCAAUCUCGGAGAGCUGGGACGAUAUGCAACGCAGCAUGCCUUUGUGGGCCGUGCAGGGAAAGCGAUAUCAGACCCAGGCCCGUCAUUGGCGGGCGUUGCGACAGGACGGGCAAACCUCGAUAUCCAGAUGUCAGGCAGAAGGGUUUCUAGAACCGGAAUCCCAGUCGCUAGAACAGCGAUACCGUCCUGGUCGUCGGAAUGAUCUAGCUCUUUUCCCCCAGCGCACCGACGAUGCGGACUUGUGUCGCAUACUGGACCGAUGCCGUGAGUUCGCCACGGUGAAGUUCUCUGCAGCGCAGCUCCAGGAAGAGCAAGAGCGAGAGCUAGCACCAGAGAUCGAGCAGGAACGACAAGUUCAACGUCCGGCCCCUGCCGAGCCGGAAUCGCAUUCCGUGCAUCCCGACAUACGCUCGUUCGUGGCCACUGGACAUCUGGAUGCAUCAUCCACCGCAGUGAAACCAGCUUUUCGGAUGCUAGCAAAUACAUCAGCGGCCAAAUUCCUGGAUGUGGCCCAAUUUCCAUCGGAGCUCCUUGUCACCAAGGAUUUUGCUAGAACAGUCCGACUGCCCGAGAAAGUGUCUGUCCGAGAUAGUUACCAGCGUGCGGUUGAAUGGGUCCUGCUGAGCAACGACCAUCACUCCAAGGACGGAACGCCCGUAAGGCAGAUAGUGAUCAUCAGCCCGUAUGAAGCGAACAAGCUUCAUUCCGACAUUCUGGGGUCGGGCACAGUAAGGAUGCAUCUCUAUGCACCUCGUCAAAACCAGAGCUCAUACCCCAUCGAUAAAUUCGAUCUAUAUCCGAUUCCAGCGGUCUUAAGCACAAGGCCCCUGGGAGUCCCUGAGAGCCUACGCAUCCAACUGAACCUCUUUGCGGGGCAGCUCUAUAUUUCGUCGUACCGUGAGUAUUGUGAAAUAUGCCGCUUCCUGGGGGUGGCAUCCACUGCCGCACCAGAGGGCUUGGCUGUCGCCGCGGAUGGGUUCAUCGUGGAGCAUCAGGAGGCAGGAGCCAAGUUCAGCAAAAGCCCCCUCCGGUUCCUCAGGGUGUUCAUGUCCCAGAUACGGAAGGACGGGCUGGAGAUUGACAAAACCCACCUGGGCAAGAUCCUCGACGGGAAACUUUUGCUCAUGGCUGACUUCCAAGAUGGCAAAGGCAGAGCGCGGACCAUGCAGCUGAGUCUUCGAAAUAUUCCGCUGUGA